CUUUCUUUGUCACUUUCUCGAAAAAUCCCUUUUCGAAUUUUCUCGAGAAAAUUAAAUUAAAGAAGACUAGUUUUAAUCCCUUUCUUUUAGGAAAAUUCUCUCUCAUUUAAUAAAUCUCUCUCUCUCUCUCUCCAACGCAUUUGGAUAUCAGCAAUAAUAACGCAGUCACUUGGGCAAUGGCGGACGAGAAGGUCAUCAAUGGCGUGGCAUCUGACGGUGUCGACGAUCAGACGGGGGAGAGGUUCUACGAUCUCGAUCAGCGCGGCGACAACGAUGCUAGGGUUUCGGACCUGGCCAAGAAGAUCGAGUCCCUGGAAAUCGAGAAGCUACAACUGGUCCACGAGAACACAGAGACCAAAGAGCGAAUCAAGAAGUUGACGGCGGAGAUCGAAGAACUGAAAAAUGACUACGCAUGGAAGAAUGAGAAGCUUGGAGAAAUGGAGAAUGAAAUUGAAAGGUCCAAUGAGGCCAAGAAGGCUCUUGAGGUGAUCGCCGCCCGAGCCGUGGAGCUGGAGUCGGAGGUCUUGAGGCUCCAACAUGAUUUGAUUUCGGCAGUGAGCGAGGGCGAGGAGGCGAAUAAGGAGGUGAUUGAAUUGAAGAGGGAGGUGGAGAGUUUGAAGAAGGAGAAGUUGGAGAGUGAGAAGAGAGUAAGAGAAUUGGAGAGGAAAGUUGGGGUAUUGGAAGUGAAGGAAAUUGAGGAGAAGAGUAAGAAAGUGAGGAUUGAGGAGGAGAUGAGGGAGAGGAUUGAUGAGAAAGAGAGAGAGAUUGGUGGGUUUAGGAAGAAGGUUGAGGAUUUGGAGUCGUUGAUCGCCAAGAAAGGGGUUGAAUUGGAGAAAUGGAUGAGGGAGAAAUUGGGUUUGGAGGCAUUGGUGAGGGAGUCAGAGGAGAAGGCGAAAUCAGUGGAAUUGAAGUUUUUUGGAUUGCAGAAAGAAGUGGAGGAAGCAGAGAAGGUGAUCAGUGGGUUGAAGGAGAAGGCGGUGGACGCGAUUAAUGGGAGCGUGGAUGGUAUAAGGGCGAGAGUUGGUGGAGAGAACAAGGGUUUGAACUUGGAUUGGCCAGUGGUAGCGGCAGGGUCUACUGGUGCUAUUGCUUUUGCGGCUGCUGUUGCGUAUGUGAUUUACGUGAAGCGGAGGUGAUGGCAUUACGGAGAUGGAUAGAGCAUGGAGGAGAAGGUGAGCAGGAUGGAAGUUAGGAGUUCGGAUUUAUGGAUUAACAAUGUGUUUCAAUUUUGUUAGGCAUAAUAUGUUUUUGCUUGGCUUUGGUUUUGAGCCCAUGAAUCUUUUGUUAGCUGUGAUUUUGAAGUGUUUGUUGUUGCACCUGUUUUGUUGGGAAAACUUAAGUCAUCGAUCGAUUCUAAAGGCAUUACAAUGAUAUAGAUUAGAAAAGUUACUACA